CAAAGGACUCUCUCCGUCGCCAUUUUGUGUGUUUGGCGGUGUGUUUGGAGUGACGCAUUUUCUUAACAGUAUACUAAGCAGUUCUCUUUUAAUCGGGGUUAUUGUUUUAUCGUUUGUGUGAAUUCUUUUUUUUUAAAUAUAUAUAUUCAUUUUGUGUAAUAAUAAAUAAAUAAACGUCGAACAGAAGCUAUGUCUCGAGAUAGGUUUAGAAACCGCGGCGGAUUCCAGAGGCGAGGCGGCAGCGGCGGCGGAGGAGGAGGAGGAGGAGGCCGCGGGGGUAUUGGUGUUGGGAACCCGUUCAGAAACCAGAACCAACACCAGUUUCAGAACCGCAACAAUCAGAACCAGCUGCAGCUUUCACAGCAGAAUCAACAACCCCCCGCACAGAAGCCACCAGCGCCCCCGGCCGCCCUGCCUCCCGCCGCGGUUCCUGUCCAGCAGCCUCCCCAGGCCAAGCCGCCGCAGACCCCGCCGGCAGCCGCCAUGAAGAAUCAGUCUCCGCCGGCCGCCGGGGCGAAAAUCCAGUCCCCGCCACCCAAGCCGGCCCCCGCCACCCCACAGAACCAGGGCGUGAACCAGAAGCCCAACCUGCCCAAAAUGGGCCAAGGAAACGGGAAGCUGCCGCAGCAAGCUUCCCCGGUACCGAACCUGCCGAAACAACCACAUCAACAAAACCAGCAGCCGGACCCAAAACGGGACGAAGUGAAAGUCGACUCUCACCAGGGUCUAAGAGCCACCCUGGCAAUGCUCAGACGGCCCGGGGAGAAGACCUACACCCAGCGCUGCCGCCUCUUCAUUGGGAACCUGCCUGCAGACAUCUCCGACGAGGAGUUCAAGAAGCUGUUCGCCAAGUACGGGGAGCCCAGCGAGAUCUUCAUGAACAAGGCGAAGGGCUUCGGCUUCAUCAGACUGGAGUCGCGAGCCCUGGCUGAGAUAGCAAAGGCAGAGCUGGAUGACACACCCAUGAAGGGCAGGCAGCUCCGAGUCCGCUUCGCCACGCACUCAGCCGCACUCUCCAUCCGCAACCUCUCCCCCUUCGUCUCCAACGAGCUGCUGGAGGAGGCCUUCUCCCAGUUCGGUCAGGUCGAGAGGGCUGUGGUGAUCGUGGACGACCGUGGCAGGUCCACUAGCAAGGGCAUCAUCGAGUUCGCCUCAAAGCCCGCGGCGAGGAAAGCCCUGGAGAGGUGCAGCGAUGGAGUCUUCCUGCUCACCACGUCCCCCAGGCCUGUCAUUGUGGAGCCUUUGGAGCAGUUUGAUGAUGAAGACGGGCUCCCUGAAAAGCUGGCCCAGAAGAACCCCAUGUACCAAAAAAACAGAUCCUCCUAUGAAAUGGAGAGGGAGCAGCCUCCCCGCUUUGCCCACCCCGGCUCCUUCGAGUACGAGUAUUCUCAGAGGUGGAAGUCCCUGGACGAGAUGGAGAAGCAGCAGAGGGAGCAGGUGGAGAAGAACAUCCGCGAGGCUCGGGAGAAGCUGGAGGGGGAGAUGGAGGACGCCUACCAUGAGCACCAGGCCAACAUGCUGAGACAGGAUUUGCUGAGACGCCAAGAAGAACUGAGGCGCAUGGAAGAGAUGCACAGCCAGGAAAUGCAGAAGCGCAAGGAAAUGCAGCUGAGGCAGGAUGAGGAUCGUCGCCGGCGUGAGGAGGAGAUGGUGCUGCGCCAGAGGGAGAUGGAGGAGCAGAUGAGACGCCAGAGAGAUGACUCCUACAGGAUGGGGGGAUUCAUGGAUAAUCAGCGCGAGCGUGAGAUGAGGAUGAGUGGAGGAGGAGCAGGCCCCAUGGGCAUGGCAGAUUCGACGUAUGGUUCCAGCACCCAGAAAUUCCCUAUGGGUGGCAUGGGAUUUGAAAGCCACCAGGCGAUGGGGGCUGGAGCACCAGGCGGAGCGGUGAUGGGCAAUGACAUGCGCAAUGAGCGUUUCAGUCAGGCUGGCCCCGGCCCAAUGGGAGGCCCCUCUGGCCCCAGAGGCAUGGGCCCUGGUGGCCCCGGGUUUGGUAGAGGGCGUGAAGAAUAUGAUGGUCCUGCCAAGAAGCCCAGAUUCUAAACGCAAACAAAACUGCGCUUUCUGUAGCUGUCCAUUCCAGCUUCAUCUCCAUGUAGAGUUUAAACUUGUAUUUGAGUUACUAAUAGUAGAGAAAUGCAUUCAUUUUUAGUAAAAUAGCUUUUAUGCUAAUUGGAUUUUUUUUUUUUUGUAAUGAAAUCCUGUAACUGGUCAAACCUUGGCAAAUCAUGUUCAGUGAUGAGCUCUGAACACUUGUGGUAAUUUGUGUAAGUAUGUAACUUUUUAUGGCUGUAUCUGUUUUGUGCCAUUCAACUUUGAAAUGUGUGCAUUUUUUUUUUGACAACUUUCAAAUAAAGUGUUUGGAUUUGACCCCAA